AGGACCACACUCUCCCCAUUGUAUCGUAUCCCUUGGCGCAGUCACCUAUGUUACUGGAUGUUGAUUUUCAUGUGGAAACGCUAUGUCUUUGUCUUUCCCACUCACUAUUGGAGUGUACGAUAGCAUGCAUGCAGGCUUUUGAAGAGAAACAUGUGUACUUAUCAAACAAAUCAUUAUCCCAAGAUAAAAACAAAUUUUGCUUGCUGAUUUUUUUUGAUCCAAGAAUUAUUACAAGGUCCCAUUGCUGGACGCCGACGCACUGCUACCGCACGAAAAGCCAAAUAAUUACACCAAGACCCCGGAGGACUUCAUUCAAUCGCUGCCUUUAUUUUUCCACGACCGACUCGAGCCCGUCUUCACUGCCAGACGCCGGCUCAGCGUGUAGCAGCACACUGAUCAGUGGGUACGACUACUACGAGAUCGUCCUCUGAUCAUGCCGGUGAUUAUGUAACUGGGACUUGAAGCUGAAGCUGCAUCAAGGUAAAAAAGAAGAAAAUGGCGCAGGAAGUAGCGCAUCAGCAACAACACCACCCCUCGCACGCGGAGCUGCACCCGCCAGCGCGUGUGGAGCAGGAAUUCACUACGGAGAGAGAUCUGGGCAAGGUCACACUCAAACUCCCAGCCAGUGAGAGGCAGGCGACGGGUAUUCUUUAUCUAUCGUUGUGAGUACUAAUUCGUAAAAAUUUUUGAAUGUAAGUCCUCGUUCUCCUCGAGUACUGAAAGCACUACGUAGACUAGAAGAAGAAGGUAGUGCACCACAGAGGUCCUCUACGUACUCAGAUACCACAGAAGUAUUAGUGCACCAGUGAAACGAUGACAUGAAGUUGCCUCCGACGGCAAAGAAAAGAAUAAAUCUCAUCCUCCACAUCAGACGACACCGGCAAACUUUUGAACACUCGCGAAACCAUCGGCUCGCUCGGGUACGCCGUUCCUUUCUUCGCGCUGACUGCGUCUCGCUGGUCCCCGCUGCGGGAACUGUCUUACGACGAUGAUCCGGAAAACGAGACCUGGUCGGAGUGGUUCACGCGGCAGAAAUACGGCGUCGGCAUGUACCAGUCGCUCAUGUACCACAAUUCGCUUUCCGUCGUGGCGCUCCUCCUGUUUCACUAUGCCGAGGAAUGGUCCCCCGGGGAGCUUUUUCCGGCCAUGCUGGACGAAACCAUUGUGACGCUGUUCACGGGCAUCCUGGCCUUCACGCUCGUGUUCCGCAUCAACCUGGCGUACAUGCGGUGGUGGGACAGCCGGCGACUCUGCGAUCGGUUUGCGUCGAAGCUGAUAAACGUGCACUUCAUGGUAUCCCAUGUGUAAAAACGUCUUCAACACGACCACAGGAGAGUCAAAAUGGGAACUUUUCUGUUGCGCAUGACAAGCCUGGGCCCGCAGUUCAAAUGUGUGUAGCUAAAAAUGCAGCUGCGUCACAGAUCCAUCGAUCGCUUCCUCCUGCUUCUGGCGCCACAAACUGCGAGACACACAGCAUUGCAGAAUGCUCUUCAUGAGGCUAAGUACGCAUGAGAAACGCUUUAGGCUUGCAGAUUUGCAUGACAAAUCCGGUUCGGGGACGCUUUUACACAGCAUACUUUGCGAUGGCCUUCGACCAAUACUCCGUGGUCUCCGAUGAGAGCAAGGCGGUUUUCCGCACUAUGCAUUGCAAAUCAAUAUGUCUGGGUCUGGAUUUGUGAUGGGAGAUCUGAAGAAGAAGAACAGCAAGAUCUGUACUAUGCAUGAACACGAUUGGCCAAUCUUUCAAUUUUUUUUCGGUCUGGAAGCCAGUGUGUCAACAUGUCUUUUGCGAUUGAAUGAAUCUGCAUAGAUCCUCCUACUUCUACUUCUGAUGCUGCUAUGCCGUACAAGCGCCUAAGUACUCUGGCAUGCGAGUGUCAGCAACGCAAGUUUACAGGCCCGGACAUGUAUUUGCAUUUGAUACGGACCCGGCUCGCCGCGUUACUGUCUUUGUUCCACGCGGAGGGCAGCCGCGAGCUCGGGGACAUCAAGGAAAUGAAGCAGUGUCUCGGCUACAGGUUGUGCGAGGAAGCCGAACUCGAGUAUUACCUCGAUCGGGCAAAGAACCCCGACACGUGCGCGCGUUCCGGGCCGUUGCAGGUCUUUCUGUGGCUGCAAAUGCUGCUCACCGGCAGGUUCCACGACGAGCACUUUGUGUCUCCCCCGGUGAUUGCAAGGCUGUACACUAGUUUAGACGAGGCACUUGACGCGUUCUACGCGGCUAUGGUGAUCCGGUCCACCCCGUUCCCCAAGCCGUUUGUGUUGAUGCUGAAUUUCGCGCUCUUUCUCGUCAAACUCGUGAUCCCUUUAUGAAGUGCAAAUUUGUGUGGGAGGCCUGGAAUAAACUUGUGGUGCUGCAUCUGCUUGAAUGAUCGCAAGCAUGCCUUAGUUGAUGGCCAAGUCUGACCAGUUUCGGACUUAAGUACUAUACCUAGUAGGUGCUGCCUAUUGACCAUGACAAACUGCGUUUCUGCAUGAUAAAAAGAUGCUGCGGUGUGGUACUUAACGUGCUUGACAGACUUCAGAGUCAUCUUAACCGAGCAUGACAAGCCGUGCUCUCUUCGUUUUCCAGACCCGCCAGACAUUUAUUUCCAUUCCAUACCCCAUGGUGAUCCACCAAACCGGUCUGGCGCUCCACUGGAAAAUUCCGUUGCUUUGUUUCUGCGUCUACGGGUUUUUCGGAAUCGGGCGCGUGGCAGUGGAGCUGGAGCACCCGUUUGGGUCCGACUUUUACGAUCACCCGCUUGAGAACUGGCAGUUGGACCUCGACAUUACCCUGUUUGACGCGAUUCACCGCUGUGGGCACACGGUGCCCAAAAUCAAGUGCCAAGUGGUUGGGAGUAGAACUGAAAUCGACGGAGAGUUAGAGGACACAGACAAUUUUGACACCGUCGCCAUGACCGACGCAGCCUUGCGGUGCCGCGGGAAAAAGCACCUGCAUGGCUGCCAACCUGUGAAUGCCGGCGGAGCUCAACUUAGGGAUGAAAAUAAGUUCGCAACUAGGAAUUCUAGCGCUGGUGCCAAAGCAGCUGCAUCUAAGUCAACAACGGAAGUGGAGACCAGGGAUCUGAACACUCUUCGGAGGAUAGACCGACUGAAAAAGAAGCAGAAACAAAAGCAGUUUGAUCAGAUUGCGGCAGAGGACCACGCGGCUUCAGGUGCCGAUCAGGUGAGGCUGAUUCAGGACGGUGAGACCACUCUACAUAGCCCGACCAAUAAUUACAACGCGAGCAACUUGAAAAAUACCUUCCAGCCGGAAGACCGGCGGCAGAGCGGCCAGCAGCGGGGACGAGGUUUCAACCCGCCCGGCACCGUGAUUCAGUACACUUUGCCAAGUCGCGACUCUUAUCAAAUGCAAAAAUGUCUGGGUCUGGAAGAAUCCAACUUGUCAUGCUGAUUUUGGAUUCUAAAAAAAUCUGUAUUGCAUGAGCAGCAAAGAGUGUCCAAGUUUUGCUACACGGAAAGAGCAUUUGUCAUGCGGUACAGGCAUCAGGAAGCCCUCACAAAAUCUGUGAUGCUAGGGCAUGCAUCACAGGCAUCAGGAGUCAUGCAAAAUGUGCAUGACAAACCCGGCAAUCUUCCAGACCCAGACAUUUUUGCAUUUGAUAACUCUGAUAAUUCGACGCAAAUGAGCCUGAGUCCGAGAAAUGGGUCAUUCGGGGGAUACUAA